GCACAUAGACAUUCUUAGUUGCUUACUUCUGAACUUGCACGAACAAGCAUUUCCAAUUUAUGUGAAACUAAAAUAACUUUGAAAUUUUCAAGCAGAAAAGUCGAAGGAAAGAAAACUUUUAGAAUUGUAUCUGACAAGUUUGUGGAUGAGUUUACGGACUGACAAUGUUGGCCAUUUUAUUUUUUAUUUUUUUCCUGGUCAUGUUGGCUUCGAAUCCGUGAUUGGUUUGAAACCAAGUUCCAGAGGACAACGGAUUGUGUCCGUUAAAACAGGUGGGGUGUCUUUUUAUCCAUACAGCCUAAAAGUAGGUCACACUUAACAGUAGAAGGAAGAUUUUGAUUGGAUGGAGGGAGGGAGGAUAUGGGCAGAGCGAUGUUUCUAUUACCACCACCACCAUCGAUUCAAUCACAUAUCAACACCAUCGGCACUCCCUUGGGUAGCUCUUCCAACCUUGAAAUCAUUAUCAGUUUCAGUGGACCAACAAAGACUGAGGAGGCUCUAUACCAGAAUCGCAGCGUUGAGAACGACGAGCCGUAGGAGACUAUCGACCAUAUCAGCAUCAGCAGCAUUUUCUUCUGGUCCAGAACCACUCGAUCUAACCGAGGACAACAUCAGGCAGGUUCUGGCCGAUGCUCGAGUGGAGCUUGGACAGCUUUUUGAUGAUUCUGUUGGCAUUACAGGACAAGUUGAACUUGCUGAAUUGGACGGACCCUUUGUGAAGAUUAGUCUCAAAGGUCGAUUUUGGCACAAGCGUAGCACGGUUGUAGCCAGGCUCGGAAAUUAUCUCAAGCAGAGGAUCCCUGAAAUCUUGGAGGUAGAUAUAGAAGAUGAGAAACAAUUGGAUGAUAGUCCGGAAAACUUCUAAGAGCACUUCAAUUCACAAGGCAGAUCAAAGGGGUGCGGCACUCUGAAAGGACCUACUUUUGAUUCUAGUGUAGGCAGCUAAUCAAUCUCACCCGCGAAAGGAUGAACUACCGAACAUAAAAUUUGGUAUCCAACUUCAUUUCCAAAUCAAAUCACUAUUGUAGAUAUUGAAUGUGGACAAGAAUCCAAGUUUUCAAUGAGAUUGAAAGUUUAAACAA